AGUAUUCUAAGGAAAGAGGUCGGCACAUUCGACGACACAUUUCCUACUCUCACCAAUUGCUAUUUGCUCCCAUAAUACUCCCUCAAUUUAAUUCCCCAAAUUUUCCCCCUUUUCUUUCCAUUCACACGAUUCAUAUGAACCUUCUCUAUUUAUUCAUUCAAUUCAUCAUCGAUUUACAGAACACCAAUCGUCUCUGUUCUUCAUCGCUGAAUUUGGAUUCGAUUUCUUGAUCCAAAUUGCAGAUUGAGGGUUCCAAUUGGUGGUUAUAGAUCACACUCGAAACCUCUUUGUAUAGCUUUUUAGGUUAUCUUAUUGAGUUUGUAAAGAUUGGUUAGCCACUAUUCACAAGUGAAGAUUUUGGGUGUUUAGAUACCGAAAAAUUCCAUCUGUUCAAAGUGGAAUUAUGUCUGGAGUGCAAGAUUCGUUGGAGAUCAGGUUUCGUUUGAUUGAUGGAUCGGAUAUUGGUCCCAAGAGCUUUCCAGCGGCUGCAAGUGUUGCGUCCUUGAAGGAAAGCAUCCUUUCUCAAUGGCCGAAAGAGAAAGAAAACGCUCCAAGAACGGUGAAAGAUGUAAAACUAAUUAGUGCCGGAAAGAUAUUGGAGAACAACAAAACGGUCGGAGAAUGCAGGAGUCCGUUGUGUGAUGUCCCCGGUGGAGUUACGACGAUGCACGUUAUUGUUAGCCAACCACCUCAAGAAAAAGAUACAAAAGUAAAAAGCGACCCGAAGCAGCACAAAUGCGUGUGCGUUAUAUUAUGAGAAGCAACUCCAAGCGGGUCGUAUUUGCAGCAGAUAAAAUGAUGCAGGAUUUGGUAUACAUGUUCAUGAAUGGGUGGCAAUGAAGUUUAUAAAGAUUAAAAAAAGGCAAAUUGGUGAGAAGAAAAAGAAACAUACUUAUUUACAUAAGUCAUUGUUUGGGGGAUCAUGCCCUUUUUUCCAGAGCUGUAAUUUUCAUUUCCAGAGCAAUGUUGUUAUAAGGACUUGUAAUUUAUACAAUGAAUGUUGGAUAUUGCUUUGGAUUUGGGAAUUUUAGCUCUGGAAAUACGAAGAACACGAUUUAUAGUUUUAUAUCAAAGUCAAUGUCUUGCAUAUUUUUUUUUUGUC